AUCAUCUAAAUGCCUGCUAGAAGACAGAUAGAAGCCUUUUCAUUGGACUUGUGCAACCCUUAAAGACACUGGUUAAACAGGAUUCUUAGUCAUUCACAGUGGUGAAGGAACUCACAUUCAAGAACUCUACACUCUGUCUGUGGAUCCAGAAUCAUAAGUAUAUCAACUCUGAAAACUAGCAAUGACUUCAGAAGAGAUGCUGUGGGACAGUCUGAAGGCUGAAAUAGAGAAAGAAGCUUUUGAACUGGACUCUUCACUGGGUUCUGAAAUUGAUGAACUAUAUGAAAACGUAAGAGCAAACUCAAAAUCACCAACUUUGUAUGAUAUUCAAGACUUAAAAGCGAUUCCAAAAUCACCCUCCUUGAAUGCUGAGGCUGAGGCUGAAGCAGAGGAGCUGCGCAUCAUGUUACUGGGUGCGAGAGGGUCUGGAAAAAGCUCCACCGGAAACACCAUCCUCAGAUGCAAUGUCUUCAACACGGAUAUGCAGCUGAGCAGAGUCACACAGUUCUGUGAAAGAGCAUCUGGAAACAUCAACGGCCGACCUGUGGCCAUAAUCGACACGCCGGGACUGAAUAAGAUCAAUCGAACGGAGAAGGAUGUCACCAGGGAGAUCAUGAAAUCUGUCUCUCUCUAUAAACCAGGACCACACGUGUUUGUGCUGGUUCAGCCGGUGGGAAACUUAACCAAUGAGGACAAGAACAUGCAUAAAAUAAUCCAGAACAUCUUCGGGAAGAACAUUUGGAAUUACACAGUGGUUCUGUUCACACACGGAGAUCGACUAGAGGGGAAAAUGCCAAAUGAUGUGAUUGCCAGCUCAGACAAAGACCUCAGAGACUUUAUCCGCACAUGCAGUGGUGGAUUUGUGUUCUUCAAUAACAAGAACACGGGAAACUUUGAGCAAGUGACUAAACUUCUAGAGAAGAUCGAUACCUUGGUGGCCAUCAAUGGCAGAAGCUGCUACACAACGUCAUUUUACCCGAACUCAGAGCGAAGGAUAUGUGAAAAACAAGAGAAGAUUCUGGAGGAGAGGCAGGAAGAGAUUGCACGAAAGGAGAGAGAGCUGGAGGAGAAUUAUUAUGAAGAUAAGGAGGAGUUAGAGAGGAAAAAGCGUGAGCUCUGGAGAGAGGAAGAAGACUAUGCACGGAGACUAGCUGAGAAUCCAUCAAGACGCAUAACUCUGAAAGCAGGUCUUACCAGAGCCCCCUCAUCUGUAACAAAAUCACAGACCAUUCUUUAAUCAAACCAUUGUAUGAGCCGUUCAGGAACUUUGUCUUGGAGUGAUGGUGAUAAACUAUGUUCAGGUUUUACUUUGUGGCUGUUUAUUGUUGUUGUGACUAUUUUAAUUAAGUAGCUCA